UUGUUACUAAUGCACUUAUCCCUAUCUUUCUUGCUAUUUGCUAAAGCAGUACUGGAAGUCUUCUUUCAUAAGUGUCUUUAAUUUGCGUUAUUGUAACUGUCUCAAUGUUUUCAAUUAAUUCGAAACCUUCACAGUAUACUCUAAAUGAUUAUAAAGCCUUAUUAGAGCAUUAGAACGAUGGGAUAAAUGUAUUAGAAGUGGUAGGAGUAUUUUGAAGUAAACCAAUUAUAAUUUGUAUUUUAAUGUAAUAAGUUUCUUUUUAUUUUAACAUUUAUCGGUUUUUUAUCACAACAGUAUAUACACCAAUUCUAUAUAUUAUAUCAAUAGUUAUAUGCUAUUUUAUAUUUGAAAGCUUCAACAUUUGAAAAAGAAAUAGGAAAAAAAGAUACUUUAUCAACUCUUUCAAACGAACAUUUCUUCUUCCAAGCAGAUCUGUCAGAAGUUAGCGAGGCAAGGCGCACAGACUGAAUUAGUAUUAGCCUGUUUCCUGAUAAGCGUAGACAGAAGCUGCAAACUCCUUAUGCAAGUCAGAAACAAUAAGUACAAAACACCAUUCGAUCUUUUGGAAUGCAAGCAACAGGCCGCUCUGUUCGCCUAUUUUCUAGAAACAGAGAACAAUCCAUCGACUAGUUACGUAAAGCCACCUCCGUAUCGGAUGGAUAACAUAUCGCAGUCAGAAGAACUGCCCACGAAGAAAAGAAAAGUCGUCUCUGGCGAUACUAUCGACGCCGCGGAGUAUCGAGAUUACUCAGGGAUCAUAGCGGACACACAGCAAGAGAACCGAAUUGAUCCCAGCAGUAGUACCACGCUCGUUUGCGACCAUAUCGUCGUCAAGACGCAAAUGAUUCGAGACGGUCAGCUAGAGACAGGCGAGGCCUCCAAAGCCAAUCCGGAUAAAUCGAAGGAUGUAUCGUCGGAGGACAAACAGAAGAAGAAGGUCAGCAUCAGGGAGAAGGAGAAAGACAAAGGUCUGGAGCCUCUUCCGCUCCAGAUGUUUCGAUAUUUGCAGACUAAAAUUACAAAAACUGAUAAAAUGCAGAAUAUAUGCAACAUCUGCUUGGAGCGCCGUUGUAACAUCGCCUUUCUAUGCGGGCACUGCGCGUGUAAGGAGUGCGCCGCUCAGCUGAACACCUGUCACAUGUGCCGCGAGACGAUCCAAAAAAAGAUCAAUUUAUAUUAGACUAUCCGAUCAAUAAAAUCGCACCGGAACUUUGAUUACCACGCGGUGCGCGCGGUAUAGCGUAUCUCAAGAGAAAAGGUCGGUGAUAGGAUCAGUGACAAUAAUAACAAAAUAGCCCUGAUACAUUCAGUUUUAAACAAUUUGGACACUUCAACACAGCUCAGAGACUUGUGUCCGCAAGAAUUUCUUUACUCGCUAUAUUGCAUGUUUCCCUCAAAAUACUCUAUUUGCCCAACAGGAAACUCUGCAAUACGUGGGGUGUCGGCGUAGGAAAAUAUUCACCAAUUGUUUGUAAGGACGCGCGCAUUACGUCAUUCGAUUAUGAUAUUAAACUGUCAAAAUGUACACUUUAUUUCCGCAAAUAAUUUGUACGAAAGAGACGAAACUCUUAUUCGUAAAAAAUAUCGUACAAACAUCGUGCCUUAGAUAGAUUGCACGUAACACGAGAAUCGUGGAUGCAAGAUCAGAUAUGAGAUAGUUCUCACGUUACCUUAAAUAUUUGAUAUUGAAAUAUAUACUAAAAGUUGAAGUUUAGAUAUAUAAUUAAUCUACGUGGUAGUUUCGACGAAUCGAGAUAGAUAUAAUUAAACAAGAAGGCUGGAGAAUAAUGAACUAAUCUUUUCGGGUAAUCUUAACAGAUUGCGAGAAUGAUGACGUUAAAUUAUCAUAUGCACGAUAAGUGACAUAUGCGACGAAAACAAGACAUUUACACUAUAUCGGUUUUUAUCGUUGGCGUAAAAAAGGGUAGAUACAUGCUUAUUUUUAUCCCCGCAAUUAAAUUAGUGUGAACUUACAGUAUCCAAAAAA